CCACACCCCCUUCAAAAACCCAUCCCUCUGCGCCAACCGGUUCAUGCAGUCGUCGCCCUCACCCAUCGCCCUUACGAACCCACAAAGCGCGUACACCUGAUUGUCGCCGGUGUACCUGCCGUUCUCGUCCACCUUGCCGACGCUGAUUUGCACGCUGGCGUGGUCCUUGGCUUUGAUGAUGCGGUUGGUUGCGGAGCACUUGCGAGG